ACCUCAGAUCUAAACAGCCAAGGUUUUAAUGCGAGUGGUGAGCCAUCCACUCACAGUCGUGAUUGACUUUUUUCCCCCUGUGUUGACAUUUAAUCCUUAAAUUUUAUUCCAAUGGCUCCAAACUUCAAACUCUUCUCACUCAUUUGGCUAGUUGCAGCCUGUCUUGCACCUCAAGCAACAUCAGCCACUGAUGGUACAACAGUCCCAACACCUCAAGAACCAACGGCAGGUCCAGGUGGUUCAUCGGCAACGCCUCAAGAAACAACGGCAGCUCCAGGUGGUCCAUCGGCAACGCCUCAAGAAACAACGGCAGCUCCAGGUGGUCCGUCGACAGCGCCUAAAGAAACAACGGCAGCUCCAGGUGGUCCGUCGACAGCGUCUAAAGAAACAACGGCAGCUCCAGGUGGUCCGUCGACAGCGUCUAAAGAAACAACGGCAGCUCCAGGUGGUCCAUUGACAACGCCUCAAGAAACAACGGCAGGUUUAGGUGGUCCAUCGACAGCGCCUAAAGGAACAACGGCAGCUCCAGGUGGUCCGUCGACAGCGCCUGAAGAAACAACGGCAGCUCCAGGUGGUCCAUCGACAGCGCCUGAAGAAACAACGGCAGCUCCAGGUGGUCCGUCGACAGCGCCUAAAGAAACUACGGCAGCUCCAGGUGGUCCGUCGACAGCGCCUAAAGAAACAACGGCAGCUCCAGGUGGUCCGUCGACAGCGUCUAAAGAAACAACGGCAGCUCCAGGUGGUCCAUCGACAGCGCCUCAAGAAACAACUGCAGGUCCAGGUGGUCCAUCGGCAACGCCUCAAGAAACAACGGCAGGUCCAGGUGGUCCAUCGGCAACACCUCAAGAAACAACAGCAGCUCCAGGUGGUCCAUCGGCAACACCUCAAGAAACAACGGCAGCUCCAGGUGGUCCAUCGACAUCGCCUGAAGAAACAACGGCAGUUCCAGGUGGUCCAUCGACAGCGCCUGAAGAAACAACGGCAGCUCCAGGUGAUCCGUCGACAGCGCCUAAAGAAACAACGGCAGCUCCAGGUGAUCCGUCGACAGCGCCUAAAGAAACAACGGCAGCUCCAGGUGGUCCAUCGACAGCGCCUAAAGAAACAACGGCAGCUCCAGGUGGUCCAUCGACAGCGCCUAAAGAAACAACGGCAGCUCCAGGUGGUCCAUCGACAGCGCCUAAAGAAACAACGGCAGCUCCAGGUGGUCCAUCGACAGCGCCUAAAGUAACAACGGCAGCUCCAGGUGGUCCAUCGACAGCGCCUAAAGAAACAACGGCAGCUCCAGGUGGUCCAUCGACAGCGCCUCAAGAAACAACGGCAGCGCCAGGUGGUCCAUCGGCAACGCCUCAAGAAACAACGGCAGGUCCAGCUGGUACAUCGGCAACGCCUCAAGAAACAACGGCAGCUCCAGGUGAUCCGUCGACAGCGCCUAAAGAAACAACGGCAGCUCCAGGUGAUCCGUCGACAGCGCCUAAAGAAACAACGGCAGCUCCAGGUGGUCCAUCGACAGCGCCUAAAGAAACAACGGCAGCUCCAGGUGGUCCAUCGACAGCGCCUAAAGAAACAACGGCAGCUCCAGGUGGUCCAUCGACAGCGCCUAAAGAAACAACGGCAGCUCCAGGUGGUCCAUCGACAGCGCCUAAAGUAACAACGGCAGCUCCAGGUGGUCCAUCGACAGCGCCUCAAGAAACAACGGCAGCGCCAGGUGGUCCAUCGGCAACGCCUCAAGAAACAACGGCAGGUCCAGCUGGUACAUCGGCAACGCCUCAAGAAACAACGGCAGUCCAGCUGGUCCAUCGACAGCGCCUAAAGAAACAACGGCAGCUCCAGGUGGUCCAUCGACAGCGCCUAAAGUAACAACGGCAGCUCCAGGUGGUCCAUCGACAGCGCCUCAA